AGUUUCAGUGACGGACCAGUGCGUUACGCUGCUUCCGCCCGAUACAGGACGUUGUUAUUUGUUUACAAUUUGAGCGGUUUUAUUAGCUUAUUCCUUGAGUCCUAAUAAGUCUUCAAUCUGAUAAUGAACAUCGUUUAUAAAAAUGUCCAGGAAACGCUCCUCUGACCGGUCUGAUAGGUUUGACUAUUUGCAAACGCUGGUAACUGAAUUUCAAGACACUGAUAAUGAUGAGGCAAAGGAGCAAGUCUUGGCAAACCUGGCCAACUUUUCAUACGACCCGAAAAACAUGGAAGAUUUGAGGAUGCUGCAAGUGACUGAUCUAUUUUUGGACAUGCUCACCGAAGAUAACGAGAACUUUGUGGAGUUUGGAAUGGCUGCUCUGUAUGUUCCCGGCGCUCCAAGGUGGACUAUGCAACCUCAGCAUGGACCGGGAGUGCCGGGACCUCAUCCUGGAGAGCGGAGGGAUCCCGCUGGUCACCGCCUGCCUCUCCGGCCGCAGAGAGGAGAUCGUCCUCUCCGCCAUCACCACCCUCAUGAACCUGACCACGGCGGCGUCGCGGCCCCAGGUCACAGGGCUGGCCGUGGUGCAGUGCAUGCUGCGCUUCUCCCUGUCAGAGAGCCCCCGCCUGCGCAACCUGGCCUGCGUGUUCCUGCAGGACUGCUGCACGGAGCCGCAGGUGGCCCGGGCGCAGGAGACCAUGCCGGACGGCCCGCACACGGUGCUGGGGAUCCCGCUGCCCGCGGAUUCGGGCCCCUGAGACGCGCUGCUGUGUCCCUUGGGGUGCCGUGUCCCUGGGGUGCCGUAGUCCUGAGGUGCCCUCACCCUGGGGUGCUGUCUCCCUGCAGAUUUCUUCCUUUUUAUGGGAGAGUGAAUCAUCUCUCUGCGAGAGGAACCUUGUUUGGGUUUUGUUGCUUAUUAAAACUGUGCAUUUUUUUUUGGUUAUUUGAUAUUAAAAGAAUUGCAAAAAAAUGUUGAUUCGUCAUAUAGUUUUUACUUUUGAAAAUGGAAGGCUAGUCUAUUGUGUCAAACAUUGAAUAUACAAGUGAAUACUGAAUCAGUUGUUACUUUGGGAUGUUAUAAUUGGGUAAGACUGGGGCAGUCAAUGUGAUUAUUUGCCACAUGAGGGCGACAAAGCAGCCUUCUCUGCAAGACGAUUUUCGUAGAUUCAUAUUAAAGAUUUAUUUCCCAACUAAA